AUUUGACAAUAUCAUCUCCUACUUCAUGCCCCUCUCGUGUCCUUUUUCUUUCUCUUCCAGCUUCUAACCAAAAAAAAAAAAAAAUACAAAGAAGAGAGAAUUAAUUCUCAUUUUCUUCAUCGUUUUAUCAAUGGCAGCCUAUGGAAGCUUUCAUCGAAUAUUCGAGAACCCAAUACAAGACAAGACUCCAAAGUCCUUUCUUGAUACUCUCACGGCCUCUUCUUCACCUUGGAACCCAAACCCAAUCAAAGGUCUCCACGUCACCGACCACGACGAAACGCCGCCGUUUACAGAGAUUUUCGGUGAGCUCCAUUUCAGGGAAUCAUCCCAAUCAUCUUACGAAAAGACCUCAGGAGAGAACAGUAGCCUGCAGCUGUGCACGGAAGGUCUAGGGUCAGAGAGCUAUUACGACUUGGAGGACGGAAAAGUCAACGUCAACGAUAACGGAGAAGAUGACGAUGAGAUAUCUGAAGUGAAGGGUAAAGAUAACGGAAGCAGCGACGAGGAGUGGGGACCACGGAAAAAGGAACGGAGAGAGUAUCCUCCGGCGAUGACGAGGAUGAGCUUCAAGACGUAUAGAGAAGAAGGAAGGCUUGUUUUGGAAGAAGUUAGGAUUCCGAGGAGAGAGUUUCUUCGAGCUAGCCGCGAAGACGGUCGACUCCGGUUAAAGUUGGUUCAACCGGAAGAUGAGGACGAGAACGAGGAGGAGGACGAACAAGAAGAGAAGAAAGAUAAACCGGUCUAAAUGGUAGUCCAAGGAAUAAUUUUGCGAUUCCUUGGAAUCUUUGUCCCCUCUUCCACAAGAUAAAUGAAAAGUAUGAAUGUAAAACUUGUGUAGUAGUUAAGCUUUUUAUCGCUUGAUCAUUUCGCCGUUCCGUUCUGCUGAGUUUUUCAUUCAUAAUUUUACGUACCUUUCUACGA